AUGUACCUUGAGGCAGACAUCCGAGGAGAGAGAUUGAGGGUAGUUGCUGAGGUUCUUCUGUCGCCUUCGGUCUUUCCUCAACCAGAGAGGCGACUACCGCAACUGCAAUACUUGAUCACUGCGAAGGAAGUAACGGGGGAGCAGGAAGGUGGGUAUAUGAACCCUUCGUCCUCCGUCCCCAUCUUCAUCUUCAUCUUCUCAUCUUCAUCUUCAUCCUCCCUUGUCCUCGUCUUCUCACAGCCUUCCCACAACCUCCCCCCCAUCUUCAUCCCCAUCCCCAUCCCCAUCCCCAUCUCCGUCUCCGUCUCCGUCUCCGUCUUCGUCUUCGUCUUCGUCUUCGUCUUCGUCUUCGUCUUCGUCUUCGUCUUCGUCUUCGUCUUCGUCUUCGUCUUCUCAUCUUCAUCUUCCUUUGUCCUCGUCUUCCCACUGUCUCCCCCCCUCAUCUCCAUCGUCCGCCGUUGUCGUCUUCUUCCCAUCAGCAUCUGA